GAUCGAGGGGAUGUGAUUGGAAGGAGGAAGUUUUGGAUGUGCUAGGAAGUGUAGAAGCACUGAAAACAAAGCAAGAAAAGUAGGCCUAGAAUUUGGAUGUGCUGCCCGGGGAGGGAAGGGGGGCCAUGGAGAGAUUCGUUUGUUUCCCCUUAUAUCAGGGCUAUGGAAACCCCCUGGCCGUGGGCAGGCCCGCUCUCCCCAAGCAGAAACACCCUGGGCCUUCCACUUUCUUGGUGGGCCCUGGGCAAGUGCCCGCCAACCCCGGUGACUACUUGGACAGUUACAAGCGGGCACAGCUCAAGGCCAUCCUGUCUCAGGUGAACCCCAACAUGAGCCUGCGGCUGUGCAAAGCAAACACCAAAGAUGUGGGGGUGCAGGUCAGCCCGCGGGCGGAUAAGUUCAUUCAAUGCUCCCUGGGGCCUCGGACCCUGCACAGCGGCUCCCCCUGCGAAGGCGUCAGCCCCUCCGGCCUCUCCACAAGAGGUUUCUAUUCUCCCGUGCUGGGUCGAGGGUUCCUGCUUCGCCUCAACAAGCAAGAAGGCCAGGGGAAAGGGAAGUCCUCAGAGCCGGUGGAGUCCGGACCUCAGCCCUUUUCUCCAGAGGCAGAAGGGACCAAGGAGGCUGAGGAACAGCCACCCCAGCUGGAAGAGAAGCCCCAGGGGCAGGGAGAUGAAGAGACUGAUGCCCCAGGGCAGGAAACCCAAGAUGGGGAGGAUGAACUUCAGAAGGAGGGAAUUACUCUUCCCAGGAAGCCCACUUUCCAGUUUUUGGAACAGAAAUAUGGUUACUUUCAUUGUAAAGACUGUAAGACCAGGUGGGAGAGUGCUUAUGUCUGGUGUAUUUCUGGGACUAAUAAGGUUUAUUUCAAACAACUUUGUCGCAAAUGUCAAAAGAGCUUUAACCCUUAUCGAGUGGAAGGGAUCCAGUGCCAGACGUGUUCAAAGUCUCGCUGCUCCUGUCCGCAGAAGAAAAGACAUAUUGACCUAAAGAGGCCUCAUCGCCAGGAACUCUGUGGUCGCUGCAAAGACAAGAGACUCUCCUGUGAUAACAUUUACAGCUUUAAGUAUAUUGUCUGAAGACCAGUGAGGCUGAUGAUAGGGUCCUGGGGCUCCUUUUGUUGCAUUUUGUCUAUUCUUUUGUCAUUUGGCUUUGACCUGGCAUGGAAAAUGGAUUAGGCUUUUGUAUUUUUUUUGUAAAAUUUGUAGAAUGAAAACUGAAUAGUAUAAAUAGAAUAAAAUAAAACUAACUCAUGUAAAAUUCA